AUGCCUCUUCCUCAGGGCGUCUACCGGGCAGACCAGGUCGGGUCCUUCCUGCGUCCCAAGGCUGUCCUGACCGCGCGCAACGAAGCCUCAGCCGGCAAGAUCACCACCGAGGAGCUCCGCAAGGUCGAGGACGAGCACGUUGCCGCCGUCGUGAAGAGCCAGGUAGAGAAUGGGCUCCGAGCCGUGACGGACGGCGAGUUCCGCCGCGCCUACUUCCACAUCGACUUCUGCAUCCACCUCGACGGCGUCGAGGCGCAGGGCUACAUCUCGUCCACCAACGUCACACCCCACGGCCUGCCCACGCCCCCUAGGCUGAUCGUCACCGGGAAGCUGGGCCACCCCAAGCCGAUCCAGGUCGACGACUUCAAGUUCCUGGACUCGCAACUGCAGAAGCUGGGCGUGAAGGACUCGGUCUCCGCCAAGGUGUGCAUCCCCUCGCCGACCAUGGUGCACUUCCGCGCCGGGAGGGAGGCCAUCGACAAGGACGCGUACCCCACGCUGGAGCCCUUCUUCGACGACCUCGUCAGGGUGUACCAGGAGGAGAUCGCGGACCUCUACGCCGCGGGGUGCCGCUUCGUCCAGCUCGACGACACGAACCUCGCCUACCUCUGCGACGAGGGCAUGCGCAAGGAGGCGGCCGCGCGCCACGGCGUCGAGCCCGAGGAGCUGGCCGAGAACUACGCCAAGCUGAUCAACGCCGCCAUCUCGAAGCGGCCCAAGGACCUGACCAUCGGCAUCCACCUGUGCCGCGGCAACUACCGGUCGCAGUGGUUCGCGCAGGGCGGGUACGAGCCCGUCGCCGAGACGCUCUUCAAGAAGCUCGACGUCGACGUCUACUUCCUCGAGUACGACGACGCCCGCUCGGGGGACUUCUCCCCGCUGCGCCACCUGCCCGAGAACAAGGUCGUCGUCCUCGGCGUGCUGAGCAGCAAGAAGCCCGAGCUCGACGACAAGGCCGCCAUCGUCGCCAGGCUGCACGAGGCCGCAAAGUACUGCCCCAAGGGCCUGGACCAGCUGUGCCUGUCGCACCAGUGCGGCUUCAGCUCCACCAUGGAGGGCAACGACCUGAGCCAGGAGGAGCAGUGGGCCAAGGUCAGGCUCGAGGCCGAGAUCGCAAAGGAGGUCUGGGGUGGUGACCUGUCCAAGUAA